AUGUGUCGGCUCCAGGGAUUUUGGCUUAUUGUCUUCUACUCCAGCACCUGGGUACGCACACAUGCCCAAGAUUACAUUUUGGAAUACUUUAGGCUCCUCACAGACCGCCGGAAGGCUACGCAUGAACAAAUGGAGAGCCAUAUCCAGCAACGCGCAUGGUAUCAUUACAACGCUCCUCCGGAUCCCCGAGAGCUUGCUCAAAACAAGGCAGCCCUAAAACGUGGUAUUGACGAGGACUGGCAGGCCAGUGUCCAGCGUUACCCUGAAGUCUUGGAAUACUUUUACAGCCUGGUCGAUCUCUCUUUACCUGCCGAUGAUGAUACUGCCGUCAAAGACCCGCCUCUGAGUGCCCUUCAGGGAAGUCGCGCCAACCGGAGGAGUAUCGGCACCCUACCAGCCGGCGGGAGCGUCUUUGGGGGCGACCGACCUUCGCCCAUGAUGCGAGGAGGCACCCCGCCGAUCAUGGCGGCAAGAGAUGGCCGCACAACUGCACCGCCAAUGGCUAGUGCUUUUGGAGUGCCUCCCCCUAUUGGCAGGAGAAUGCGAGGACAUCCGGGGACUUCUGGCUUGGAGUCUGUCGAUGAGGACUACCGCAGCGUCAAUUUCUUGUUGCCGCUGAGCCCUGAUACCUCAGAUUCCGACUCCGACCUGAACUAUGCUGAUGGAUACCCCGAUGAUUUAUUCAACGAGGGCAUCAUCCAUCAGCCGUGGUCGUACUAUGGCUACUAUUGA